CACAUACGUGCUCUCUCUCUCUCUCUAGACUCUGGAUAUACAUAUAUAUGUGUGUGUGUGUGCAUGUAUGUAUGUAUAGGUUGGGUGGAUUUUAAGGGUUUUGGUGGUCUCUUGUAGUGUGCGUGUGUGUGUAUACGGCAUGAUGAAGGAGACACUGAGAUACUUGGCAGGAAUUGCAGGGGCUAGUGGUUAUGGGUCCAAGUCCACUGCAGAACAAGUCACUCAAGAUUGUUGUGGUUUACUCCCUCCAAACCUUACUGCAAUUAUCACUGGAGCAACGUCAGGCAUUGGAGCUGAAACAGCGAGAGCAUUAGCAAGAAUAGGAGUAAGAAUCGUGAUUCCAGCAAGAGACAUGAAAAGAGCAGCUCAGGUGAAGCAGAUGAUACAGGAGGAGAAUCCAAAGGCAGAGAUAAUUGUAAUGGAGAUUGAUAUCAGCUCACUUGCUUCUGUCAAAAGAUUUUGCUCACAAUUUCUUGCUCUGCAAAUCCCCCUCAACAUUCUCAUAAAUAAUGCAGGAAUAUUCUCUCAUAAUCUGGAAUUCUCUGAGGACAAAAUUGAGAUGACAUUUGCCACAAAUUAUUUAGGACAUUAUCUGCUAACAGAUCUACUACUAGAGAAAAUGAUAGAAACAGCAGCCCAAACAGGCAUUCAGGGGAGAAUAAUAAAUUUGUCUUCAGUGGUUCACUACUGGGUUAAGCCAGAUGCUUUCUCCUUCAAUCAAAUGCGUAACCCAAACAACUACAAUGGCACACUAGCAUACGCCCAAUCAAAGUUAGCUAACAUACUGCAUGCCAAGGAAAUGGCCAGACAACUGAAGGCUAGGAAUGCAAGAGUUGCAAUCAAUGCAGUACAUCCAGGCAUUGUAAAGACUGGUAUUAUCAGAGCUCACAAGGGUCUUAUUACAGAUUCUGUGUAUUUUAUAGCUUCCAAGUUGCUAAAAACUGUAUCACAGGGUGCAUCAACCACAUGCUAUGUUGCUCUAAGCCCACAAUCAGAGGCGGUGAGUGGCAAAUACUUUGCAGACUGUAAUCAAAGCAAUUGCUCAGCUCUAGCCAAUGAUGAAUCAGAGGCACAGAAACUAUGGAGCCAGACUCGUCAACUUAUCCAAAGACGCCUCAAUCAAUCCCCAGCUUAAACUAAUCUACAAACCUAUAGGAGCCAUGAACAUAAUCCAUUUACAAGAGGAUUGAAAACAAAUAACGGAAAUACAUAGUACAUAAAGGGCAAUAUAAUUGUGUAACUAUUUCGAGUUAAUAAAGGGAAAUGUUUAGAUAUCCUUA